AUGAAUUGAAUUUUUGGUGGCUGUUUUUGCAUUAUUAAUAUGGCAUUGCUUCUGUAUAGUUUUCCUUGGUUGUGUGGAGCGUAUGGGCUGGUUGGUCGAAACAAAAAGAUCCCUCGUCCACAUUUGUACCUCACAGUUAAAAGAGGAGUGAAGAGAUCGUUUGUACGACGUGAACUUGAAGAGAAAUUCAAGUGUGACGACGCUAAGGAACACUUUGAACUCCUUCGAGAACCUGAAAGAAAACCAAAAAUUAAAUAUUUGGGUCUCCUUUCAAGUAAAUUGAGAUGUAAAUCAUCUUCUGUCUCACCAGCACCUGGUGGUGGUGUAUUAGCUUGCAGUAACCCCAGUUAUACCAAUCAAAACCCUUUACGAGUAUCUGAAGAAAACGAGAAAGUUGAUGUACCUCAGGUCCAGGGAACUGGGACUUUAACCAUGUUUUGCGCCCUCAAUGGACAACAUUAUGCACUCACCUGCUUUCAUGUUGGUUGUGCAACUGAUGAAAACCGUUUAAACGCCGCAUUCAAUAAAGUAGAAGAUGUUCAGAAGAUGCGCAAUUCACUUCCAGCUUAUGAAAGUUAUGCAAAGAAACAGCAAUAUUAUUUUACACAAGGCAAUAAGAGAACGACAAUGAGCCCUCUUAUUUGGAGACGAUGGAACGGACUGCACGCGUCUUGGGUUUUGACAAUAUCAUUUUGA